AUGAGCUCACCGUCAUCUUCAUCAGUAAUUACAACAAGAUUAAGUAGUAAAUCAUCAACAACUAAGAAUAAGCAACAACAGCCUCGGAAACAACAAGAGCAUCAAAAUCCAAUAUUAGCAAGAUAUUUAAAUACACCAAUAAAUUUCACUAUUUCAAAAAAUCAAGAUGAUUCAAAUAAUUUAAAUCAAUUACCAUCAAAUUAUAUAAUAUUAAGUUAUAAAAAUAAUGAAAACAAACAACAACAACAACGUAAUAUCAAUAAUGAAACAAAUGAUAAUGGAUCCCCGAGUAAAAGUUUUUCAAAAACUUUAUCACCAAAAAGACCAAAAUCAUUAGCUGAAGCUGUUGCUUCUUAUACAGGACAAAAAUAUGAAACUAAAUCAAAAUUAAACAAAAAGAAAAGAAAAUUAGAACAACAACAACAAAAAUCACAAGAACAAUCUAGUCAAGGGAGUAAUAGAUAUAAAAAAUCAAAGACUAAUAAUUCAUCAGAAGAUGAAAAGAUAGAACCAGAUGAAAAUGAAUCAGAUAAUGAUGAACAUAUACUGCAUAAACUUUCAGAACCACAAGAACAAAAACCUAAAUCAUUGUGGGGAUCAUUUAAAUCAAUAUUAUUUAAUGGUAUAAAUUCUCAAAGUGGAACUGAAGAAGAUGUUGGAGAAGAUAUAGGAGAAGACAUAGGAGAAGAUAUAGAAGAAGCUAUUUCAGGAGGACAAGAAAGAGUAGAAAAUUCACAUACAAAUGCAUCACCUUUUUCAAAUUUACUUAAUAAUAAAAUAGACGAACAAGAAACAUCAUCAUCUGGAUCAUCACCUGGAGAAAUUUUAGCAGAAAAUUCACCUUUUACAGGAUUUAGUGAAACAGAAAAAAGUGAAGAUAAUGAUGAAGAAGAAGAUGAAGAAUAUAAAGAAGACGAGGAGAUAGAUGAUGAGAAUGAUGAAGAAAAUUCUACUUCAUCUGAUGAUGAAAGUUAUAAUGAAGAAGAUUUAAAGCAAGAAGAAAAAGAAUUAGAAGAAGAAUCAAAAGAAAAUACUCCAACUACCGGAGGAGAAGAAGAUGAAGAUUUAGAUUUAAAUAAAUUAAGGCAUGAUUUAAAAAUGGAUGAAAUUUUGAAUGGAAGUAUAGGAACUAGUAAAAAUAGUAGUAAUGAAGAUGAUGAAGAUGAAGAAUCUGAUGAAAAAAAAUUAAUGAUUUCUAAAAAAUCACAAUCAACACCUCCAACAUCACCAGAAGAAGAAGGAAACUUAAUCACACCAGGAAAUACAACAACAAAAACCAAACCUACCUCUAAACCAAUAGAUUUAUCAAAUUAUUAUAAAAUUAAUGAACUAUAUUCUGAUCGUGGAUCAAAUGGAUCAAAAAGAAUUUAUAAAAAUUGGAGAGAAUUAAAAAAUCAUAAACCACCAAUUGGAUUAUUAAAUCAUGGAGUUACAUGUUAUAUGAAUUCAGCAAUACAAUCUUUGGUACAUAUACCUGCUAUACAACAUUAUUUAAAUGAUAUAUAUAAUAAUAAAAUUCCCAAUUCUAAUAUAAAACCAAGAUCAAUAACUCAUAUAUUAGCAGAAUUAUCACAAAAAAUGUGGAAUCCAACAUUAGCUAGUAUUAAAAAUGGUUAUAUAAAUCCCAAAAAAAUAAUAUCAAGAUUAGAUGAAAUUAAUUGUAUGAUGAAUAUGUGGCAACAAGAAGAUAGUCAUGAAUAUUAUAUGAGUUUAAUAUCAAGAUUACAAGAAGAUUCAACUCCAAAAGGAACAAAAUUAAAUAAACUGAUAAUAUAUGAUAUAUUUGGAGGAUUAUUAAAUCAAAAAAUUACAUGUAUGAAAUGUAAUAAUGAAUCAAUUACAAAACAAGAAUUUUAUGAUUUAUCAUUAGGAUUAAAAAGAGCAAAAAAUAUAGAAACUAAUCAAAUUGGGUUUUCUAUAGAAAAUGCAUUGUUUGAUUUUUUUCAAAAUGAAACUUUAAAAAUUCAAGAAAAUGUUAAAAAAUCAGGAUAUUUUUGUGAAAAUUGUAAAUCUUUUACACAAGCAAAUAAAAAAUCUCAAAUAGAAAUUGCUCCAGAAAUUUUAACAAUUCAUUUAAAAAGAUUUAAAUUUAAUGGAAAUUCUUCAUCAAAAGUAAAACAAAGUAUAAAUUAUUCAAAAUAUUUAAAUUUAAAUGAAUUUUUAUUAAAUUCAGGUGAUUCAUCAUCUACAGCAAACAAUUCAGCACAAUAUCAAUUAAUAUCAGUAAUAGUUCAUGAAGGUAGAUCAAUAUCAAGUGGUCAUUAUAUAACUCAUGUAUUACAACCAAAUGGAAUAGAUUGGUUUACUUAUGAUGAUGAAUAUUUAAAUAAAAUUGAUGAAAAAAAAGCUUUAAGUGAUCCAAAUGCUUAUGUUUUAAUUUAUACUAAAUUAACUCCUAAAUGA